AUGGCUUUCUUCCAGCCUGCGCCCAUGGUGGGCAGGGCCGCCUUCAAGAGGCUGGCCCGCCAGGUAACGCAGAUAUCAAGACCAAUAUCAGCGCCUCUUGCAUACUCGACCUCGACUGCGGCAAACUUGUCGCCUUUUGUCUCAGGGCAGAAGGCAAAGAGCAGCUCUUUCCCGGAAAACAGCUCCAAGACGGUGGCAUACUGGUUGAUCGGAAGCGCCGCCAGUGUCUUUGGUAUCGUCGUCUUUGGCGGCCUGACACGGCUGACGGAGUCUGGCCUCAGCAUCACCGAAUGGCGCCCCGUGACCGGGUCCCUGCCGCCCAUGUCCCCCGAGGACUGGGAAUCCGAAUUCGCCAAAUACCGCGCCUCGCCCGAGUACGUCAAGCUGAACCCGCACAUGGAUCUGGACGAGUUCAAGAAGAUCUACUUCAUGGAGUGGACCCACCGCCUCUGGGGGCGCGUCAUCGGCCUGAGCUUUGUUAUCCCCACGGUCUACUUCAUCGCCCGCCGCCGCGUUUCGUCGCGCAUGGCCUGGAACCUCGUUGGUAUCUCCGGCCUCAUCGGGUUCCAGGGCGCCAUCGGCUGGUGGAUGGUCGCCUCGGGCCUCAAGGAUGAUCUCUUCGCCGAGGGCGCCCACCCGCGCGUCUCCCAGUACCGCCUGACCACCCACCUGGGCACCGCUUUCGUCUGCUACAGCUGGAUGCUCCUCUCGGGCCUGUCCAUCCUGCGCGCCCGCCGCCUCUCUGCCGACCCGGCCGCCGCCACCAGGCUCGCCCAAAACCUCUACGGCCCCGCCCUCGCCCCCUUCCGGCGCUACGCCACCGCCCUCACCGCGCUCAUCUUCGUGACUGUCCUGACCGGCGCCCUCGUCGCCGGCCUCGACGCCGGCCUGAUCUACAACGAGUUCCCCAUGAUGGGCCUCGGCCUGACCCCGCCCAAGUCCGAGCUGUGGGACGGCUUCUACGCCCGCAAGGAGGACGGCUCCGACCUCUGGUGGCGCAACAUGCUCGAGAACCCCAGCCUCGUCCAGCUCGACCACCGCAUCAUGGCCAUGACCGUGUGCGCCUCCGUGAUCGCCUUCUUUGCGUACAGCCGCACCGGCCGCGUCAAGGCCGUCCUGCCCCCGGAUGCCAGGAAGGCCACCAUGGGCCUGCUGCACCUCAUGUUCCUGCAGGUCACGCUGGGCAUCUCCACGCUGAUCUACAUGGUCCCCACGCACCUGGCAGCGACUCACCAGGCCGGCGCGCUGGCCCUGCUGACGGGUGCCCUGGUGCUGGGAUCGAGGUUGAGGGUCCCCAGGUCGACUCUUGCGCUGCUGCAGCGGAGGAUCAAGACCAUGCAGCACAAGUAGAUAGAGAUGGCCUAUCAUCUUAUCAAUCCCUCCUGCUCCUCCUCUUU